UGUGUGACUCCGUGAGCCGUGGUUGAUAAUCAGCCGAUAUCUUGUGGCAUUUGAAUUCAUUUGCUAGACUGCUACAGGUCCUUGAAGCGUUUUAGAGGAAACCUAAAACUGCAGUGGCUGAUUACUCAACACACAUAAAAGCAUCCUCUAAAAGCAAUCUCAUUUGCGGUUUUGGAGCUGUGUUCAGUGCUUCGCUCUGAUACCUCAGGUUAGGUAAUACACCGGCGCUGAGAGUUAUAUUGGAGGUGACACCACAUCAGGCCUAUAAAUAGCUUUGCACUUUAUCGCCCAGGAGCCCAGCUGUAGCUUUCUCCCAGGCAUUUGAUCACUUGUUUGUAGGGGACUGACAUCACCCACUGACGCUUUGUCUCUCUGACUCUCUGACUCCAGAAAGCACACGCUGACACUUGCAAGCCUUCACUAACGUACUGCUGAAAUAUAGUAGCCUACGUGACUACGACACUCAUCAGCUGCUGUAAUUAUGAUGCUUUUAACUUCACAGGUAGUUCGCCUCAGGGUAUCCCUAAACUGCAUUUAAUGAUGACUCACCUAAUGACUUUAAAUACUCAACUAUCAUUGCCACGAGCAAAGCAGGCCCCCGAGCAGAGUGAAUUCUCUGAUACUGUACCACUCUUACAUAAAUAAAACAGUGCACUUAAUUGGAUCGGAUGGGGAUCCAGGCACAAGCCCAUAAGCCUCAUAACAAGUGGGAGUAUGAGGCAAUGAAAACGAGAAAAGAUAUACAAAACCCCUGCAGGCUGUGUCUGACCCAGUGAGUCACUGUCUACUCCGGCUUCUCCAGAAUUGGGCAUGACUCAGUAACGAGCACAAACAUUUCUGAAGUGCACUUGUGUUGCCUGCUGCAGCGUGUUACUCCAAUUUGGAUUUUAAUGCUCAGUGUUUUAUGCCAUGAAUUAAAAUGAACAGUGGUUUUCAUGUCCUAGAGCUAAUCUGUUUUUAUAGCACAGUCCUUUUUCUUUUUGAUGUUUCUUUAUUCCACAUUGAUGCAUCAAGGAGCUAUAUGGACACAGACAUAAAAAACUAAAGAAACUGUGGUAAAAUGAUUACUGCGGAGGAGAAAACAGAUGAAAAGUCUGACAGAGUAAAUGAGACUUUCCAUGUAGGAUUCUUGUUUCUGAUGAAUGUAAAAUAAAAGUGGGUUUUCCAAACCUUUUUUCAACUUUUUUGAACACUUGUAAAUUAUGGCUGGUAUGUUUGAUGCCAAGAAAUGACAGAUGAAUUUUAUUCUCGACCUGGGGUAAAUUACAAAAUCAAUAAGAACAAAAAGUGGUUGGGAAAAAGGGUGGUCCCACUUUUCAAGUCGGUUAAUGACACAUUAAACACCAGGGGUGUGGACUCUAGUCACAUGACUUGGACUCAGGAGUCAGACGUGACUCAAAUUUUAAGUCAGAAUUUUGAUGACCAUGGACUCAGCUCGACAACACAAAAAAGACUUGCAACUCGACUUGUAGUUAACCACCAAUGACUUGUGACUUUACUUGGACUUGAGCCUUUUGACUUGAAAAUACUUGAUACCUUCUCCAAGGCCCAACUGGGAAGAGAAAGUUAUAGACAUUUGUCCAAUAUAUGAGAUGAAAUAGAUACAACACGGGGGAGAAACUUACAGAAUUCAUUCAGUUUUCGUACUGAUUCAUGGUGCUAUAUGUGAGUGCAAUGUCAACACUACUUUUAUAUGGUUAAGUUGAGAUGCACUUGUUUUAACAAACUUGUUUUUACAAAUAAAUACAAAUUUUAAAAGGCAAUCAUGACUUGUACAUUUUAUAUAUCAUUACUCUGUUGUCAAAGUGGCAUUACAUUUGGUGAAGAGCACAUUAUGACUUAAGUAGGACUCGAAACUCAAAGUUUAGGACCUGGGACUUGUCAGUUUUGACCAAGACUUGAGACUUACUAAUGACUUGCAAAACAAUGACUUGGUUCCACCUUUGUUAAUAAACACAUUAAAAAAACAUUCCAUUUCCCCAUUUAAAAUCCGUCUUCGUAAAAGCCAAGAAACAAGGACAUUGAAUUUAGGCUGUAUAUAGAGAUACAACCAUACUAUGAACUGUAUCUAUUAUUAAUAUUUGAAUAAUCAUAAAUUUGACAUAUAAAAUAAAGAAAUAUCAAAUAUUGUGUUGACAAGAGUAUUUGAGGAAUCAUUUCAAACUGUAACAGAAAACUGAAGUAGUAAUAGUAAGACUACUUCAGUCAUGAAACAUCAAGCCUGAUUUUUCCCUUAAAAAAAUGUGUACUGUAUGUUUGUAUGUAUAUAUUUUUCUUCUUCCUCUUUCCCUUAUCUUUUUAAUUAUAUGUAUGUUUUAUGCAUGCUGGGUAUUUGUAUGGCGAAGGGCAGAGGUGGGACCAAGUUAUUGUUUUGAAGGUCAAAAGUAAGUGCCGAGUGUUUGCAUUCAAGUCUCAAGUCAAGACAGGCAAGUCCUGAGUCCUAAACUUUAAGUUUUGAGUCCUAAACAAGUCAGUGUGUGCUCUUCAAUAAAAAUAGAAGAAGUGAAGGGAUUGGGUGUUGCAUACGAUACGAUACGAUAUGAUACGAUACGAUACGAUACGAUGUGAUGUGAUGUGAUGUGAUGUGAUGCGAUGCAAUACAAUAUAAUAUACUUUAUUGUCCCCAUAGGAAAAUUUGGACCCAGGAGCUGCACAAAUAUUGCUGCCUUACAAUAUUAGUCCAGAAGAAAUACCUUAAAAAAACACAUACUACACAUAACAGUAUUCCACAUCACUCACUCAUGUAUUACACAUAACACCAACACACAACAGAGCACCAUGAGCAAAACACAACACAACCCCUAAGCAUCAAGCCACAUUAUUAUUAUCAUUAUUAUUAUUACUACUAUUAUGUUGCAAUGUCAAUAUUUUUUUUUGUUGAUUGAUGAGUUGCUUAAUUAAAGGGGUUUUGACUGUUCAGUUUAAAAAUUAAAGUAGAUAUAAACCAUUAACUUUCAGUUCCAUGUCAGUACAAAGUCAUAUUGGCCAAAGAUAAAACACAAACUGUGAUUUGUGUCUACAAACAGCAGCAUUCUCUUGUAAACGACAGUCCUGUUGUAUAUUUUGCAUCCCAGACACAGAUUAUGAUGGUGCGCAGUGAAUCUACAGUAGCCACGGGGCUAUAAAUAAUUCAUUUCAGGAAAAGCUAUCUAUUUGCCCCCGUGCCUCUCUGGCGCGCGUGUGCACCUGGUGCCAUUUGGUCACGGCAGGAGCGUCUCCAAUUAUCCAGGAGCACAUCCCUGGAUCUCUGUGCGCUCUUUUGCCUCCUGAUCUACAUUGAUUUGGGGUGAGCUGUGAUCAAUGCGGACGACUCCACAAACUCGCACGUGAAUAACUUAAUGCGAUUUGUGUAUGCGCACAGGAAUCAAACAACAGGCGGAGGACAAACAGAGAAAUACUCCGAUAUGUAGGAAAGUAGGUGUGAGUUUGGGUGUUUUGUGACUAGGACAAGUUGUUCCCUGCGUGUGAUCACCGUGGCUUCACGUGAUGUGUGUGAUCAUUUAUUUCAAUAUGCACCCUGGUCCUCCUCAGUCCCCUUCCAGAUCUGCGUGAUGAUGCCACACACUUCACUUUGCAGAGCUCUCCACCUGCACCUGUCGGAUGCUAAUGGGAAAUAAUCGACAAGUUUGAGGUGAGAGAAGGAGAGAGAUGUUGGCGGCGGCUCGUUUCAGCACGCUGGACAGCGCUCGUGGAAGUUGGAGAGGACGGCGGCGCGCGGACGCAUGAGGAUUUAAUUGAAAAUAAUUUUUUGGAGGGCAGCAGCUGGAGAGAUGAGCGACGGGUGACCAUGGUUGAUUUGAAAUGCUCAUUACCAACACCAGGCGCAGGUAACACGAGAGUUCUGGAGUGAGACAUGGACUUUGCUGAAACCAUUUUCGCUUUGUUCAUCGUCGUGGUCGCGGUCGUCUCGCUGUUGUCCAACUUGUUGGUGCUGCUAUGUUUCGUCCACAGCACCGAGAUACGCCGACAGGUGCCCGGCGUCUUCACCAUGAACUUGUCCUUCUGCAACAUACUCAUCACUGUUCUCAACAUGCCGGCCACUCUGGUGGGGAUUAUCAGGGACCAGCAGCCUUUUGGGGAUUGCAUUUGCCACACGGUGAGCUUUCUGGAGACUUUCCUGACCGCCAACACCAUGCUGAGCAUGGCGGCUCUCAGCAUAGACCGGUGGAUAGCGGUGGUGUUCCCGCUCAGUUACUCCACUAAGAUGCGCUACAAGGACGCGCUGAUCAUGGUGUGCUACUCCUGGCUCCACUCCUUCACCUUCUCCCUCACCGCGCUGCUCUUCUCCUGGGUCGACUACAACGACGUGUACGCGUCCUGCACCCUGCAGCCGAGCCAGGAGGGCGCCGACAGGAUUAAGUUUACAAUCUUCACCGUCGUUUUCCACGCCACCAGCUUCAUGCUCUCCCUGCUUAUAUUGUGUUUCACCUACUUGAAGGUGUUGAAAGUCGCCAGGUUUCACUGCAAGAGGAUUGACAUUAUCACCAUGCAGACUCUUUUCCUACUGGUCGACAUUCACCCAAGCGUGAAACAGAGAUGUUUAGCAGAGCAAAAGAGGAGAAAGCAGAGAGCCACAAAGAAGAUAAGCAUCUUCAUCGGCUCAUUCAUCAUCUGCUUUGCUCCUUAUGUAAUUACAAGGUUGGCCGAGCUUCUACCCUUUGUGGAUAUCAACCGCCACUGGGGAAUCAUCAGUAAGUGCCUGACAUACAGCAAGGCUGCAUCCGACCCCUUUGCCUACUCCCUCCUACGUCAGCAGUACAAGAAAGUCCUGGUUACUGUCGUCAACAGGCUGCUCCGCCGUGACCUGUACCCCUCAUCUGGCCAUAACAGCUCUUUAGACACAGAGAACGACUACUGUCUCCAGAGGAUCAGCUAAUGGCAAACGCGCGGACAUGGCAGAUACACACCACGGGCCAAAAAUAAAGGUUGCCUCUUGGAAGAAGGUGGGCGGAGGAAAAGAAUGAGGAGAGAGAGACGGAGAGGACAGGAUAUUGUUAGGAAGUGAAAAGAGAGCAGAUAGAGGGGACAGAUUGUGGGUGGGGGGCAAAGAGAGAGCAGAAAUAAGGAAGAUGGUGGGUGGAGAAGAAUGAGGAGACAGUAAUGAGGGGGAGGAUGAAGGUGGCAAAGGGGAAGACAGGAAGACAGAUAUGGAGGGACGGGGACGAUGUGGAGACGCUGGCCUCAGACAGUAUCGGUAAACAAGAGAUCUGUGAUUCAUCGACACAUAAAGCCACACAGUUGCACACACGGAUCAGACAAAUCAAUUUCAUCGAAUAAGUCAUGGGUUCAGAUUAAUCUCUAACUGAAGGACCACACAGCUGGAGACAUUCCCCUUCUUCCCUCUGAGCGACAUGUAUAAAGUGGCCUUUUGUACUGUACCAACCACUUUGUAAUGAUUUUUGACAAAUCCACAUGUAGUGACCUUUCCUCUGCCACAAAACGCAGGGACAGAGCUUGAAGCCGAUGAUCGAUAGGCGCUGGAGUGAAGACGUGAAAUGAAGGAAAGACUGUGUUGCUCCUGCUUCUGGAUAAUCUACUCUUAGGUGUGAAAGCUCAACUGCUGCACAUUGUUGCCAUGUUCUGUAUUGACCAUGUUAGACUACUUCGCAGUGUCAUGUCAGUCACUGAAUAUUGAUGCACUUUGUCUAAUUCUCUCAGAGCUACUAUAGUUACAGGAGCCAAAGGCAAAUAACAUGUACACGAUGAUAUUUAAUGGUGAGGCUGGUUAUGUUCUAUAUUUUUGUUAAUGUCAACAAUUGCCGUGAGAAGACCAAAAUUGUGUUACUACAUCUAUUUAUUUUUAUUUAUUAAUAUUUUUUUAAUAUUUGUUUUGUUGUUUGUAUUUUUGGCUUCAUUUAAGGAGUAUGAUGUGCAACACAGGUUUUCGGCCUGAAUCAAAUUGUCAGACAAACAUUGCACAAAUACCACAUGUUAUGCAUCUAAAUUAUUAGCAUACAGCAGUUCCUAUGAUAUCUAAGAAUUAACGCCCCACGAAUUGUGUUGUUACGUCAAAUACUGAAUGUAAAGUUGUGUACUUAACCGUAAGUUACGUAUGGUAGGAAAGUACAGUUUGGUAGGUUUGGUUUAGCAAAAGAAACAUGGUCAGGCACAUUACGCACAUAAUGUAGAGUUAUGAACUGAACGUAAUGUACGUAAUGUGAAGUAACCAACUUAACGUGAAAUACUUAUGGUAAAGUUACAUAGGUUAGGUUUAUGAAAAGAAACAUGGUGAUGAUGUACCUUAAAAUAACUUACACUUAACUUGAUUUCACAAGGGACAAGAACACUGGUCUCCUGGUGGAAAGUCCUGUGUUUUUGACCCAUCCACACCCCCAACCUGCCUCCUUACAUGGACUUUUGGUCUUUACACUACUUCCUUAUUUCUUCCCAUCAGCCAACCUGGUCUCAUUCCAAAGUUGUCGUAUAUCGGUGCUUGGGCAGUGACUUUCCGCAUCAGACACAGAUGAAAAAAAAAGCGCUUUCAUGUCGACAUGAUACACGGCCGAGCACCAUCAGUGUGCCUGACAGUGUCAGGGGGAAAUGCGGCAAGACAACAACGUAAGAUAAGGGGGCAAAAAGUCUGUGACGGGUGGGUGGGAAUGGUGGUGGGUGGGUCAAACAAUCGCCGACUUUCAUCCGGGAGGCCGGUGUUCUCUUCCCCUAUGAAUGUAAAACCAAACCAUCUUUAUAUGUAGACGUGGAAAUUCCACGACCAAGCAAUGAUAUGUGACAAGGUUGGAGUGAAAAAGUGUUGCGUCAGCACAUUGUUCGUAUGAUUGCAUCCUUCCCAAUUAUGUAGGUUAUAUACUAAUUAUAAGCUCAUGAUACAUGGGUUAUACGAACACUGGUGUAUUACUUUCAUAGGUAUGCGUAUGAAUAGUGCAUAAAAACAGCCUGAUUUACUAGGCAACAAGAUGUAUUCACAGUGAUGUAUGAUGAUGUUAAACAAACAAACUACGUACGCUCAUGCAUCCACGUGUUGCCCAUUUCGGCCAAAUGGCAUGAAUGUUAAUCAGCCGUCUUUUAGCUCAUGACCAAUCUUUCCAUAUCAUCUUGGGUAGGUUUGUGAAUCCAUUUAGAUGCACCAUUUAGUUCUGCACGUUAUUGUGAUAGGCCACUCCAACUGCAUCCCCACGUUUAGCCAGUUGGCAUGAACACAAGCACACACACACAGUUAACCUCCAUGCUAAAUUGUAGCCUUCGAGGGCAAAACCUAUCAACUGACCAGCCAACCAACAGAGCAGCUAUAGAGGUGCUGGUCACAGCUAAUAAAACUGGUUCGAAGAUAUAUAUUUUAAUUUCAAAACGGAUUCCAUAAUUUCUUUAAACAGCUGGGCACUGUAGUUUUCAGCAAACAUUCCUCAAAUAGGAGAAAUUUGGCAUUUUUUGGGGGACUAUUUUCAGAUGUGGAUGAAUACACACUUGGUUCACCAGUGAAUAUUUACGACAGCAGUACAGGGUAUGCUUGUUUGACAGAAAUAAACUACAGUGCUCUGGUUCAUUGUAAUGAAGAACCAUGUCACCCAGUGCAACCAGUUGACUCGCUGCUGUGUUUUCAAUAGUUUUUGGACAAUUGACAAAUAAGGACCGCCCCAUAUAAGUAAGCAAAUGACUUUAUUUAAACAUCAGGUGUACUUCAGUGACUGUUUUACCAUGCUCCAAGUUUAUAGCUGCUUAGUCUGCAAAGUAUCUCAGUUUUGACAUGUUUUGUUUAAUUAAAUCCAUCUCUCAUGUGAAUUAAACCAGUGUUCUCAUGAGUACGAGGCAGGGAUAAUACGAGUGUGUCAUUAUCAGUUUUGGUCUCUUCAUGGGAUUUGUUGACAAUAAGAAAAAAUAGAAUAUCACCCGACUUAUCAUUUUCAGUGUGAGUUUGUAACUGAAUGUACUAGAGAUAGCUCACUUUUGACUGAAAUGCAUUUGUACAACUGUGCUUUGUUUUGCCAGUUGACUGGAGAAAAUGUUUCUAUGGAUAUUUACAGGAUGUUACUAUAUAUUUUGCACUGUACAGGAACAACUUUUUGUCUAGAUAGAAGGGGAGCAAUGUGAUGUAGCAUAGGAAUGCUUUCAAAGUGCUUUAAACACACUGUUUUGUGUUUGUGCCAGAUUUGAAUACGUGACUUUUUCAGCGGUUCUAUACUUAAACCAGAAUAGCUGCUUUAUUAUGAAAAAUCUGUUUCUUUGGAUGUACUUUAUACACAUGUAUUUUUCCUCUCGUACGUCACUUGCUGUUCUUGGGCAGUGUGAUUAGCUAUUAGUGGCAUAUGUGCAAUAAAAGCUGUCAAUUAUAAAGCUAUUAAAAAUAUUAAUGUUUUCACAGUAAUGUCAUUGAAUCUAGGUAAUGCCCUUUGAUUUAAUUUGUAAGUUUCUUAAUUAAAUUCAAGCACUACAGCUAAAAGUCUUGGACACCAAAUGACAAAUAGUAGAACUUUUAUUCAAAUGAUAGAUGAGGAUUCAAUAUUUGAAAUUGACAGGUAUAUUUGAAAGGAAAGUUGUUAAAUAAUUUAUUUUGGUUCAUUGUUCACCAUCAGCUUGUCACCUGUUUGAACAUCACAUUGUUUUGUUUCCAUCUGCCUCAUGGCCCUAAUUAUAUCACAGAUGAUAUAUGGUGUAAAUGUCUCUGUUGCAGCAGCAUUAUUGCCAAGUGUAAU